GGACGCGUCUUGUUCGGCCUUUCGCUGAGGACGAGCAACGCCCCGGUCUGCCACCGCGCCGUGCUAGAGCGACUGAUAUUGCCGCCGUCCUUCCUCUGGCCCGCGGGGGGUGCCGUGAAUCCCUACGACCCCGACCCCGUCAGGAAGGGUCCCACCAGCACCGGCGGCGGCGCUUCGCACGCGCUGUUGAACACUCACCGGCUGCUGUCGCCGACACCGUCGCCGGGGUUAGCGCCAGGAGGGGAAGGCCUCCGUAUUCCUCAUUUCCCGCCAUUUCCGGAUGCCGCAGCAAGCGCCGCCGCUGCCGGUGCUACUUCUGGGGAUACAGCGGCGGCGGCAGCGGCGGCAGCAGUGCGCCGGAGUCGGCCGGAGAGGUGGCGUACCCCUCCCCUACCAGGGGAUGACAGCAUGGGCCUCCCAUCAUCCCUUUCGAAACCUUACCCAUGGCCCGGUUGCCAAUGCCGCCGGUGUUGCUGGCACUCCUGCUGAUCGCAACGCUGAUCCCGGGAGGGAAAAUGAAACUGAAGGGCGAUUGGCCGCUCCUCCACUAGAGCAGCAGCCCGAGCCCCGACAUUCGUACAGCAGUAGCGGUGACGGGGGAGUUCAUUUCUUCAGGGCGAGGACGGGCGGCGGUGACCGACGGCCGUCGGGUGGCUCUAACGCAUCGGCCCGUCCUUUUCUGGUGCAUCGAAGGGGCGUCGAAGGAAGGGAAGAAGGUGGAGCGGGUGCAUGUAGACAGUAG